AUGGCGAACGCCGUCUCCGGCAUCGUCCUUCUGCUCGUGCUGGGCGGCAUCACGCUGUUCCCGCGGGCGACCGCCGACGUAUUCUGCCACAACCUUAAACAGGUCGCCGGCACCCUCCCCAAGAACACCGCUUCUUCCCCGGUGCACUUCGCCACCACUGUCUUCGGCCAACCCCCAGACGCCGUCUACGCUCUUGCGCUCUGCCGUGGCGACGUCGACAACGACACCACCUGCGAGUAA